AUGGUCUGGCAAAUUGAAAUGAUUCCCGGACAUCUUGAAAUCAUCCGAGCGCAUUUUGACUCGCAUAAGUGUCUUAGUUCCGAUAGUACCGCCCCCGUGGACACAAACCUACCGCUGGAUAGUCGCUUGAUGUACAAUGUGAUUCGACCCCGGACGGGACAACCCAUUCUAAUCAAAGAAGGAACUAUCUGGAAACAUUUGAGCGUGGACUGGGUCCCACAGACACCAAAAAGCGAUAACAAUCUGGUCGUGUUCACAAUCGACUCAAAUGAUGUACUGACCAAAUGGCACUUGUUCAAAUCGGAAGCCUGUGUAAUCGAGCAGAUUCAUAUGCAUCGUGAGGCCCAAUUUGGCACAGGCAAAACAGUCCAUAUGCAACUGAUUCGUGAUCAAUACAAGCCCAUCCUUUUGAUAGCCACAACAAAGUCUGUAUUUCGUCUGCCUGUGGCUCGAUGCUCCCGGCUGGGCCACGAUGAACGUGCUUGUGUGCUCCUUCAUGACCCGUAUUGUGCUUGGAACAGGCAAACGGAACAAUGCCAAGAACUGCUUGAAACGUCAGAAUUGCGAAAACAACUAGUGCGAUAUGAAACCUGCCCGUCCGAAUCGCAAGAUCAAACGGACGUGAUCGUUCAUGGAGCAUGGGGAGCAUGGGGACCGUGGAGUCCAUGUCAAAUGAGCCACAAUCGGUCCCUUCAUGCCAGACGACCAACCAGUCUUGAAUUUAGCCGACCAUCGAAAGCUUGGGAUUUGGCCGAUCCCCUGGUGGUAAAUGGUUGUCAGUGUCGAUAUCGCUAUUGUUCCGCUCCUUAUCGAUUUGGUAUCGACGCCCAAGCAUGUCCAUCGGAGUAUGCCAUACAAGUGGCCAAUUGUUCCACGGACGGCAGAUGGACAUCAUGGAGUUCGUGGUCUGGUUGCGAACCCGCAUGUUCUCCUCACCGAAAGUACGGUAGACGUCAAGAAGUGAGUAAAAAUGGACGAUUUGGAAACGAAGAAGAUUCCUAUCCCAUUCGCACUCGGCAACGAUGGUGUACAAACCCUUCGCCAAUGGGUGAACAGGGGAAAAACUGCCCCGGCCUAGGAAAAGAAUUGCAAACAUGUCCGAAGUCGGAGGUAACUUGUACAAGUGGGACGAAACUAUUUAAUAAUGCUAAUUUGAAAAUUUGUUAUGGUUUGAAGAAGAAUUCGCUAGUCCAACUGGCAAUCUAA